CGAGCGCUCACAGCUACGGCGCAGCUUAAUUAGUGCUUGCUUGCUGCUGGAUAAGAAAAGCCCUGAAUCGAUUCAUGAGCUUAUUAUGACGCAGUUCGAGCCUCAGCCCGAGUGGUUCCAGCCGCCGCUUACGCUUUCGGACAGCACCUUCAAUGAGACUGUGGCGCGGCCGGUGAAAAGACAUGCUGCGUGUGAUGAGUGCAGGAAACGCAAGCUGAAAUGCUCCGGGGAACAGACAGGUUGCACGCGAUGUCUCAAACAGGAUCUCGUCUGCCACUAUUCGGAACAGAAACAAAUGGGACGGCCGCCGAAGAAGCGCUUACGGGAGGAAGAGGACCCCUCAGUGCUUGGUCUCGAGAAUAGGUUAUGGGCCACAGAGGCGGAUCUCAGUCACCUCCUCCCAAUAGACCCCGUGGGGGCUGGGGUUCCCUCUGGGGACGUUUUGCAGCCGGGGAUUGGAGUCUAUACCCCACAGACGACCCCUCCUGCUCCCUUGUCAGACGACACCCAGAGCCCUCCGAGUCGUAUGGAUCUCGCAACGCCUUUAAACUGCGUACCUACGACAACCACUCCCUGGCCUGACUUCUCCAGCGUCUCUGCGGCGACCGCUAGUUUGACACCGCUUCCGCCGGACCUGUCUUACCCCUCUCCCGAUCCCACGGAUUCAUCCGACCAACAAUGUUCAUGUCUAUCGCGUCUCUACCUCUGCCUCAGUCAUUUAUCCUCCCUCGCUCCGUUUCCGAUCUCGCAACAUACAUUUUGCUCAUUAUACAUCGCGGCGCGGACUUCGCGGGAGGUCAUCCGCUGUCGAAUAUGCCCGAGACGCUUCGGCACGGGGAUGCAGAACGUCAUGUGUACCGGGACCCUGCUGGCUGUCAUCGCCGACUCCUGGCUUCGUGUUUACAAGGCUAACCCGGUCGACCUGGGUAAGCAGUCGACGUCUUCUGCGUAUGCCGCGACGAUCGAGCAAUCUCCCAAUCCGGCAGCCGGUUGGAAAGACUGGCUCCGGCAAACUGUACGCGGCGCAGUCGUUGGUGGACCUUAUGACCCUGCCGGUAGCCCUCAAGUCACGGAAACACCCAGUCUUCUUGCUCUUAUCGAGGAGAUGGAAGCACGUCAGCGGAGAUGGCACCAGUCAUCACCAUUGCCUCCGGACGAACGGGUUCUACCUGUACCAACCUGCGAGAAGGAUGAAAGCGAAGCGCUUUGCCUGAGGGUCAUCCGGAGCGCGAGAGAGGUCAUCGCUAAGUUCCGCUUUGAGCCGUGUGAUUACCCGCAAGGAACGGUGCCUGUGACGAGUAGCAUGAUGUAACUUCUGCUGUUUGGUUUUUUCGCUUUCGGAGGUAGCGUGUGGCUUGCUUGGUCUUGCUCCACCACUACCGUCCUGUGUGCAUGAUAUUCAAGCGUAGAUCUGUUCUCCCGAUACCAAUGUGUUAUUCAUGCGGCCGAAUAUAUGUACAAAGGACUGCACCAUAUAUAUUAGUACCA